AUGAACAAUACACCACAAAACACUGUUGAAAGUCAAGUAAUUGAUAUUAAUGAAAUGCCACAAGCAAUGAUAAGACCAAGUAAUCCACUAAUAGAACAAGCAGCACCUAAGAAAACAAGAAAUCAAAAAGAUAAAAUGAAUCAAUAUAUUAAAAGACAAGUGAUUGAUAAUCCAAAUGAUAUUAUGGAAGAUAUUAUUUCAGAGAAUAAACGAUUAAGAAAAGAAUUAGAGAAAAUAAGAAAUUUAUAUAUUCAAGAAAUGAAAACAAAUGAAGAAAUAAGAAAUGGACUAUUAGAACAAAGACUAGAAAAUCAAAUUAAAAGAGUUCAUCGACAAAUAUUCUUUUAUUAUAAUAGUUUUAAUAUUAUUAUAGGGAAACAAGGAGCAGGGAAAACAACAUUUAUUAUGAAAGAAUUAGCGAAACUCAACAAAAUAGAACACCAAUAUGAAGCGAUUAUCUAUGUAUCACAAAAUGCAGGAGAAGAUGAAACAUUUAAAGAAUUAAAAGAUUUAAUUAAAACACCAAUUUAUGGAAUGAAUUAUGAAAAAUUUAUGCCAGCAUUAAUGCAAUAUUAUAAACAACCACAAGAAAAACAUUUAUUAAUUAUAUUAGAAGAUGCAUCAUUUGCAUUAAUGAAAGAAGAUAAAACAUGGGGAGAAAUUAUUACAAGAUUAAGACAUUUAAAAACAACAAUUAUUGUGAAUUUACAUAUUUGGAAAGCAUUAAAUCCAUCAUUUAAAACACAAAUUGCAACAAUUAUUAUAUUUAAAGGAUAUUCUAAAGAAAAUUUUGGAUAUAUUUAUAGACAAACAGCAGGAUCAGCUACAAAUUCUGUUGCUUAUUAUUUAUAUCAAUCUAUAAAUCAAAAUGAAGUAUUAAAAAUAGAUAAUUUAACAGGAGAUUUAAGAAUUAUAAAAAGAUAA